AUGGCAUCUGUUAUCAUACCUGUAAGCUUGGUUACUGUGAUCACUAUAAAGUUUGACAAAGCUUAUGGUUACACCGAGUAUCCAUCAUCACACUCAGAAUUCAGAAAGAAAACUGUCAGCUUUAGCAGCACUACUACUACAGGUUAUAAAAAAAGCUAUGAGUAUGAGACAGAUAGCAGCAGGGCUACUGACACAGACUACUAUUCUCCUGAUGAAGAGGAGGAGGAUGAAUUUUUUGAUUUGUCUCCAGAGAAUGGCAAAGAAACAAUCACUUAUGGAGAUGGCAGCAGUGAAAAUGGGCAACUGGCAUCUUUGAGUGUUGAGAAGAGUCAUAUUUUCCAUCUUUUUGAGCAGGUGGAUAUGCUUAGUGAUGGAACAGGAGAUGAACAAAGACAAGCAUUUAACUUGCUUAAAUGUGAGGAACUAAAAUACACAAAAAAUGCAGAGUUUCUUUGGAGGUUAGCAAAAUCAACAAAAAAUAUGGCUGCCAUCGAAGAAAAACUUGGGAAUGAAAAGGUCAAGGAAAGCUUGAUAUUUGAUGCCUACAGACAUGCAGCACAAGCACUUGAUUUAGAUAAGAAUAAUGCUGAGAUUCACAAGUGGUAUGCAAUACUUGCUGGAGCACGUGGAGAAUUUUUGGGCAUAACCGAACGAGUCAAAAGUGGUAACAUCUUCAAAAAGCACAUUGAUCAUGCACUGGAGCUUAAACCUAAAGAUUCUACUUUACACCAUCUCCUUGGACGCUUUUGUUUUGAGGUAGGUACAGUAUGCAUUAUGUUUGCUCUUUGA